AUGUCCGUGAGACAAGCGCCCACAUACCAGCAGGGCGUGCCCCAGCGGCAAGCUGACGAUAAUUCGGAUGUAGAGGAGGAGGCGUUGGCCAACGACUACCGCGAGCAGGUGGGAUAUGAGGAUGGGCAGGACUACGACCAAGGAUCGAUGGGAGGAGGACCACAGGAUCUGCAGGCACAACUACAGGCGGCAGCGACACCACUAGAGUACCAGGCGACGCUCGAGACCAAGAUUCAGAGCUACGACAGCUACUGCAAUCUCUUCCACUUUAUUCUGAACAGCGAGGGACCUGUGGACAUCGAGGUGCCUUCGCACUUCUGGGCGUGGGACAUGAUAGACGAGUUCAUCUACCAAUUCAACUCCUUCUGCUCUUACCGCCAGCGACUUGCUUUCCAGCAAUCCAGCACACAGGUCAACGAGGAGGAGAUUACAAUUCUUCGCGAGAAUCCAAACACAUGGGGCUGCUACUCAGUUCUGAAUGUACUCUAUUCUCUCAUCCAACGCUCGCAGAUCAGCGAACAGCUCGCAGCAAGAAAGCGAGGCGAGGACUCGGCUGGAUACACUGGUGAAUAUGGCGGGAGACCACUCUACCAAAUGCUCGGCUACUUCUCCAUCAUCGGCCUACUACGCGUCCACUGCUUGCUGGGCGACUUCAGUCUGGCGCUCAAGACUCUCGACGACAUCGAACUUAACAAGAAGGCAAUGUUCGCUCGGGUCAUGGCUGCCAACUUCACCACUUACUACUACGUCGGCUUCAGCUACAUGAUGAUGCACCGCUAUGCCGAUGCUCUUCGUGCGUUCAACCACAUCCUCAUUUAUGUGAGUCGGACGAAGAACUUCCAGAAGGGAGCCCAGUACGACAGCAUCACGAAGAAGAACGAUCAGAUGUAUGCGCUCGUGGCAAUCUGUGUGGCGUUCUACCCACAGCGUUUGGACGAUACCAUCCACACCGCAUUGAGAGAGAAGUACGGCGAGCAGCUCACCCGCAUGCAACGUGGUGGUCCCGAGGCACUUCCCAUCUUCGAGGAGCUCUUCCGCGCUGCAUGUCCGAAGUUCAUCUCGCCUACACCACCCGACUUCGAUCAACCCCAUCUCAACGUCGAUCCCGUCGAGCACCAACUCAGCAUCUUCAUGGAGGAGGUCAAGACAAACAUGUUCUCGCCUACCGUACGCAGCUACCUCAAGCUCUACACUACCAUGGACCUGACGAAGCUGGCUGGUUUCCUCGAGGUCGACGCCGAUACUCUGCGCAACUGGCUACUGGUUAACAAGCAGCGGUCGAGGCAGGUGAGGCAGAGUCAGGGUGGGCUGUUGGAGGGUGAUGUUGUUAAUUCGAGCGAUCUCGAUUAUGCUAUGCAAGGCGAUAUCAUUCAUGUGUCGGAAGCGAAGGUGGGCCGGAGACUGGUGGACUGGUAUUUGAGGAAUCUGGCGAGAACAUACUAG